AUGCUGAUAUCGGUAUUCGUUUCGUUCAUCGACGGCGCCAUUCUCAUCCGUGAGGUCUUCGGAUCCAUCGGCGAGAUCAUGCUUCAGCUCUAUCAUGUCGUUCGCAGGUUCGCCUCCUCGGUUAUCGCGGCCCUUCAGUUCGUCCUCAAGGUCGGAUUCGUUGCCUCGAUCGUGAUGGCUUUUCUCGGUAGUAGCCUCUACACCUUCGUUAUCGACCGAGCCCGCCGCUUUCUGGCAGCCAGAAACGUGGGCGGCUACCAGCGUGUCCGUAUCAACGUCCCUCUGGCCCCCAUCUCUCCCGAUGUCACGAUGCGAUACACCGUUAACGAUGCGCCGGAUCGUGUACGUACCUGGUUCAACCAACAGGGCGUCCCUCAGAGACUUGGAGUUUUGGUCGGACCAGACGCUGUUCCGGAGGAGGAGGAAAACGUCGUCAACGACGAGGAAGAUGAAAUGGCUUGGGUUGAUAGGAUUCGGGAUAGCUAUUACGAGGUUGACUUUUCUGGUGAGGAGGAUAUCUCUUCUGAUGACGGUGAACCCUGGAUCUUUUAA